AAAAAAAGCGGCGACGAGGAGGCCAGCAACAACACCACCCACCCGCUCUCCUCCGACCUCCUGCACCCUUCCGAUACCACCUCACCACCCACAGACGAUGCUGCGCCCGAGGUUAAGGAUACCGCUGCGGCCGCGAGUCGGCACGCCGGCGACGUCGACCCUGCUGCCGCUGGCCUGCCGCGCACGAUCGAUCCACGCGAUCGCACCGCUCGAGUACAACCUGAAGAACGAGGCCUCGCAGAAUGGCAUCGCCGACUUCCUCUCCCCCGCCGCAUUCAACAUCGCGUGGACCCAGUACCAGACACACCUCCUGGAGAAGUUGAACGCCUUGACAGCAGAGAGCGACUAUGAGUCCCGACACGUCAAGGACAUCAUGCUCAGCACCGCCCGCGAUCCCGCCUCCGCUCCCCUGUUCAACUACGCCAGCAUGAUCCACAACAACCACUUCUUCUUCAAGCACCUCACCCCCAAGCCGGUCGAGAUGCCCGACGCCCUGCGCGUCCACCUCGAGAGGUCCUUCGGCUCCAUCGAGACGCUCCGCCGGGAGAUGGUCUACACCGCCGCCUCCAUGUUCGGCCCGGGCUUCGUGUGGCUGGUCAAGACGUCCCAGCCGGGGCUGCCCGUCGCCUUCAAGGUCCUCGCCACCUACGCCGCGGGUUCCCCCUACCCGGCCGCCCACUGGCGCCGCCAGGAGGUCGACAUGAACACGGCCGCCGGCGCCACCACCGACGCCGCCGUCGAGGCCGGCAAGUCGUACCUCGAGCGCACGGCCUACGGCGCCGGCAAGCGCAACAGCAGCGUCGCCAAGAAGGUCGAGCACGCCCCGGGAGGCACCGACCUGCUGCCCGUGCUGUGCAUCAACACGUGGGAGCACGUCUGGCUGUGGGACUACGGCUUCGGCGUCGGCGCCCCCGACCGCGGCAAGCUGGGCUACGCCGAGAAGUGGUGGAAGCACAUCAACUGGGACCUGGUGCUCAAGGAGGCCAACGUGCAGAGGCUGGAGAUGUCGUCUAACUUGGGCGCGCCCUCGUCCUAGGCUACCGAGAGAGCGGCCUAGGGGCGUGCGUGGGGCUGGCCGAAGCCCCCUCCUCCCCCCCCCCCCCCCUCCCCGGUGAGAGGGCGGGUUGUAUGUAUAAUAUAUCACGAGACCAGGAAAAGGCGAAACGGCCCAUUCGCGAUUUUUUUUCCUGGCCUGACUCUCGGUUGUUCUUGUACAAAAUAGACUCGUCGGGUGUAUGAUGAUGGGAAUAGAAACACUCAUCAACCUGUCCACGGUGCCUGCAGGGUUCCUCCCGAGUGCUUCUUUUGGCUGCCAUGUUUCCAAAGAAUGCGCGUAAAGAGAUGCCCUUCGUCGCUACUUUGCCAAAGUGCUACCCAGGGCACUCGUGACUAGAAAGG